AUAAGAGAGAAGUGGGUGAAACAAUAUCCCAAGGCCUGCUCGAUAGAUAGAGGCCGAAACCCCCCAAGCUAGAGAAAUGGAGAUGCGAGCCCGCGACGACACGCCGACGGCCCAAGACCUGAUCCCCUCGACCCCCCGCUCCCGCCGCCCUCCACGACCGCCUUCUCUCCUCCCACUGCCUCCUCCUGCUUGCUCCCGAUUCCCAAACCACCCCCGCUUUCUCCUGCCCCACGUGCCACUCCUCUCCUACUGCUCCCUCACGUGCCAUCCACUCCGACCUCGCCCCUCCACCACUCCUACCGGAGUGCCUCCUCGCAUCGCGCCCCUCAACGUGUCACUCCGACGACUCCGCCGACCUCCGCGCCGCACUCCGCCUCCGCCAAACCCUGGCCCGGCCCGCCGCGUCGGAUCGCGGGCUGUCGUCGAGAACCUCGAGGCCGGUUCUCGGAUCCGGAAUCCGAUAUGGAGUCCGAGGAUCCGAGAAGGGGCGGCGGUGAUGAGGAGAGCGAGGGAGAGGAGGGGGAGGGGAGGAGGAGAGGAGGUUCUGUGGGCUGUGCUAACGAGACGCCGCUGGAGGUGCAGGUUAGCGAGAGGGGUCGGCGCUGGGGAUUGGGGUCUAUGGGCCGUGGUUCUCUUGGUUCAAUCACAGCUGCUCGCCGAACGCGUGUUAUCGGUUCGAAGUUGGUUCGUCGAGGUUGGAUUCUUGCGGUUCGGGCUCGUUUAGGGUUUCGCCUGCGAGUAAUGGAGAAGCAACCGAUUUGUGACAGUAUGGGGUUUAAAUUGCUUGCAGUGGAAGGCAUGGGUAAAUGGUGGAAGCAGCCUGAUGAAGGUUCCAGGCUUAACUAAAUAUGGCCCGAGAGUUGUAGCACGUAGUAUUAAGCCGAUUAAGAAGGGCGAGGAAGUUUGCAUUGCAUACACAGACCUAUUGCAGCCUAAGGAAAUGAGACACUGUGAUUUAUGGUCUAAGUAUCGAUUCGUCUGCUGUUGUGAGCGGUGUAGUGCGUUGCCGGAGAUGUAUGUGGACUCCAUUUUGAAAAGUGAUGCUUGGAGCUUGGUUACCAAUCAUGACAACUCCAAAGAAGCAGAUUGUGAUGAUCUCGCUGAAUUUUUAGACCAGACUAUUGCUGAAUACAUGUCUGAUGGAAAUCCUGAAGCAUGCUGUAAAAAGCUCGAGAACAUGCUUUGUGGAAUCCUGGAAGGUUCACCAAUCCAAGAACCUUCCAAAACAAAUUUCAGGCUUCACCCUCUUCACUAUCUCUCCCUCAAUGCUUAUAUUGCACUUUCAUCUGCUUGCAAAGUUUUAUCAACUAAUUUGCUAGCUACAGAUUCCAACAAACAGAGCAAAUCCAGGGCUUCUAAUGUGCACAGAGCUUCUGUAGGUUAUUCUUUGCUGCUUGCAGGUGCAACCCAUCAUCUGUUCAUGUCUGAAUCAUCAUUGUUGGCAAACUCCGCAGUCUUAUGGGUAAGUGCCGGAGAAUCUAUAAUCGACUUUCUUAGAAUUUCUUGCAAAACUAAGUUCAAGUUAUAUUCACAUCCCGAGUUCCCGAGAGAAGCUUAUAAAUGCAAGGAGACAUCUUUGAGGUUCUUAGAAUGCAUCUCGAAGAAAUUGACAUGGUCAUGGCUGUACUUGGUUCGAGGUUUAUAUUACUUGGAGAAUGUUAAGAGCCCAGUUGACUUCAGUUGGCUGGGACUUGAAAAUACAUGUCAAGUUACUGAGGACUGGAGAAAUGCUGCAGAAUUUUGUUUGUGCGAUGAAUACAAGUUCGAGACUGAGACAUGCAUUGAAGAGUAUAGGACACUCGAACAGGUAGCUGUUUGUUGCCUGGCUUAUGGUAAGUAUCUAGCAACAAUCUGCUGGGGACAGGAGAGUUAUUUGGUUCAUAGAGUUGGGAAAUUAUUUCAUGAUAUCAUGUAAAAGUGCCAUUGUGUUUUUAUCCUUGUCAUGGGACUUUAUUAUAUAUAUAUUUUUUUUCUAAUUGUGAUUAGUUUG